GUUCCUAUUUUAAAAAAUAUGUUUCUCAUGAAGUCUAAGAUUGGUGAAGGUACAUUUAGCAAUGUUUACCAGGCUCAUCUUGUUGAACAUCCAGAUGAAUUGUUUGCCUUGAAGCACAUCAUACCUACAAGUUCACCAGAUCGUGUUGAAAGAGAAAUACGAUGUCUACAGGAAAUGGGUGGAAAGAAUAAUGUGAUCGGCUACAAAGGAGCUGUACGACACUAUGAUCAUACUGUCAUCAUGUUAUCAUAUUUUCCUCAUGAUAGAUUUCAGACCUACUUUCUUGAGAUGACCACAUCAGACAUAAAAGACUACAUGAAGAAUCUUUUCAUUGCUCUGAAACAUAUUCACAGUUUUGAUAUAAUUCAUCGAGAUAUUAAACCUGGUAAUUUUCUACAUUCACGACAAUCUGGAAGAUAUAAUCUUGUUGAUUUUGGUUUGGCAAUGCAUGAAUCUCAGUCUAAAAAAUCAUGGCAGAUAGAAAAGAAAAAUGAUAAAUACAAUCCAUAUCCAACAGACAAAACUACAAGACCUUCGUCACCAAAAAGGGCGAAGAGAAACGGCCAACCAACGAGAAAGGGACGAACAAGUCCAAGAUUUAUGAAGAUCUCGCACAAACUUAAUUCGCGUUCUCAUGUUUUCGUUCCUAAAACGAAAGCAAAAUGUACGAAGUUGAAAGACAUCACGUUCGUUGCGUCCAACAAACACGCAAAAUCAAACCUAAACCACGAAACGAGGAAAAUUUCUUAUAAACUUCCCGUAGGACUGUGUCAGACUAAACACAAAUCUUAUGAAAUAUGUUCUUUGUGUAGUAAAAGAGCAGUACAAAACGCUCCUCGAGCUGGUACAUCUGGAUUUCGGGCUCCAGAGGUCUUGUUGAAACAUCCGGAGCAGACUACAGCUGUCGAUAUGUGGUCAGCUGGAGUAAUACUGCUAUGUCUUUUGACUGGAAAGUAUCCUUUCUUUCGCUGUGCAGAUGAUAUGACUGCUUUGGCUCAGAUAAUGACCGUCUUUGGUAAGCAACGUGUUGUUGAAAGUGCGAAAUUCCUGGGUAAAUACAUGGUUAGCAACUACACGUGCCCUGGUUAUGAACUAAAGGAACUUGCACAAAGAUUACGAGCAUCAAAUAUGGAGGAAGAGCGACCUAUGAACUGCUGUAAAUCCUGCAAAGCAGGUUCAACUGCAGAGCAAGCGUUUACCUCUACAACGGAUAAAGCAAAUAUCAACGGAUUGGAUGAAGAAGAAACGUUUUGUGUUACAUUGAAUAAUUGCAGAUGUAGCCACGAUGUAAAUGAUCAUGCAACUGGCAGAAGAAAAUUAGAUGUAAAAAUGAAUAAGAAAUAACGUACAUGCAUUCAAAGUAAAUGCAUCGAUGAUUCUGACUCAAGAGUUGGAGUUCUCAAUGAUAAAGAUGAAGAUCGUAUAAUGUCGGAAAGUGGACGGUCCUUUUCGAAAGAGACGACUGAACGCGAAGGAGGAAAACUUUCCGUGAAAGAACAUCUUGAUGGAAGCCCAUGUUUUUGUGUUUGUGGUUUAUGUAAGAAUUACGUUCCUCUGACCGUGUAUCAUCUUCUUGAAAGGUGUCUGGAUUUAAAUCCAACAACAAGAAUAACUGCAAGCGAAGCUCUUAGUCAUCCUUUCAUUUGCGAAAACAUCAACUCUUUAGAGUGUGCCAAGUUAUAUUUUAUAGUUUAUUUUUACGCUCUGAUCAAGAUCCGAACUUGCGCAGAACCAUUAACGCUUUUAGUUUAACAUGUCAUCGCUUAUAUAAUACAAUUACAAUAUUGGUCAUGUUUGGCUGUUAGCUACCAUA